AGGAAUAACCAUGCAGGACAGCAUCAGAUUUGCUUCAGCUGGUGAUGAUAUUAAAAUAUGGGACUCUUCAUCCAUGACUGUGGUAGAGCAAUUCAAUCCCCACAGCACAUCACAUCCUGUAUCUUCGUUGUGUUGGAGCAGAAACAAUCACUUCCUGGUCAGUGCUUCUGGCAGUGGUGAUAAAAUAGUCUUUUCAAGCUGUAAGUCUAAACCAGUUCCUCUUUUGGAGCUGGCAGAGGGGAAAAAGCAAACAUGUGUAAAUCUGAACUCAGGCUCACAGUAUGUAGUCAGUGGAGGUCUUGAUAAUACAGUUAACAUCUGGGACUUAAAAUUAAAACGACUUCAUCGAACCUUAAAGGAUCACAAAGAUGAAGUAACUUGUGUUACAUUUAAUAGUAGUGACAGCUAUAUUGCAUCUGGCUCCAUGAGUGGAGAAAUCAUACUACAUAAUGUAACUACAAAUUUAUCCAGCACACCCUUUGGUCAUGGAAGCAGCCAGCCCAUUCGACAUUUGAAAUAUUCCUCUGUGAAGAAGUUUUUGCUUGGUGCUGUAUCUGACACUGGCAGUGUGACCUUGUGGGAUGCCCACAGCCAGAAUCCAUACCAUAUGUUUGAGGGUGCUCACAAGGCUCCAGCAUCUGGCAUCUGUUUCUCACCAGUGAAUGAUCUCCUCCUUGUGACCAUUGGACUAGACAAAAGAAUUAUCUGUUAUGAUGUGUCCAGCAAAAUCCUUCUUCAAACAGUGGUAGUGGAAUCACCUUUGACUGCUGUAGACUUUAUGCCAGAUGGCGCUACACUGGCAGUUGGCUCUUCUCGUGGGAAAAUUUACCUUUACGACUUAAGAAUGUUAAACUCUCCAAUUAAAACAGUUGGUGCUCAUAAGACAUCUGUGCAAUGCAUUCAGUUUUCAACACAGCAACAUUCAUAAGUCUAACAAGUCAAGUAAAUCGUCCGUGUCGUCCAGUGUCAACAAGAAAGCAACUUCUCUUGUUGGUGGAACACAUUCAUUUAAAGACAUACCUGCUCAGACACAGCCAACCACAAUGGUGGAAAAUAG